UUGCCUUGCUCCCGCGUCUCUCAUUCUCUCUCCCUUCAAUCAAUAUCGUCUUUAUUACCGUGCGUACGAUUUCUCUCUCGUUUCAUUUCAUUCACUCAUCCUGAUUUUCUCAUUAUCUCUCCUCCUUUUUCGUCAAGAUCUGCGUCCAUCUUUGUGUCGGUGAUUCAAUCCUUCCCUCAUCUUUAGCUAGCACUCUGUGCCCCAUCCCAUUUCACCUCUCGAUCUUUUUUCUACAAAUCGACCUAUAUCGUGAAUAGUGAAUACCCAGAAUCAAGCCUCCGCGAUGAUCCCGUGCUGUAUCUCUUCUCAAUUGAUUUCUACGCUCUUCAUACUGCUCAGUCUCUGAUUUCCCCAGGAUUGUGUGUCAUUUGGAGGUGAAUUUGGUGAAAUAGUAUCGUUAUGUCGGCGAUUCGAUUCGAUGCCACCAAGCAGUACUACACCACGAGCAGCCUCGUGGUUGGGUAUGCACUCUGUUCCAGCUUGCUUGCCAUCAUAAACAAGUAUGCUAUCACUAUGUUCAAUUACCCCGGCCUUUUAACUGCAUUGCAGUAUCUGACUUCCGCACUUGGGGUAUGGGUCCUGGGGAAGUUGGGAUUUUUACACCAUGAUCCUUUCACAUUGGAAACUGCCAAGAAAUUUUUGCCUGCUGCUUUGGUAUUUUAUCUGGCAAUCUUUACCAAUACGAAUCUUCUCCGUCACGCAAAUGUCGACACUUUCAUAGUGUUUAGAUCCUUGACUCCCCUUCUGGUUGCUGUGGCUGACACCACUUUUCGGAAGCAACCGUGCCCUUCGAAGCUCACAUUCUUGUCGCUUGUCAUCAUUCUGGGCGGAGCUGUAGGGUAUGUGGCCACUGAUUCUGCUUUUUCGCUGACUGCUUAUUCGUGGGCGUUUGCUUAUCUGAUAACAAUUACUACUGAGAUGGUGUAUAUCAAACAUAUGGUCAUGAAUCUUGGAUUGAACACUUGGGGGUUUGUUCUGUACAAUAACUUGUUGUCAUUGAUGAUGGCUCCGAUAUUUUGGUUUCUGACGGGAGAGAACUUUGAAGUUUUCGCUGCUUUGAGAUCAAACUCAGGCCAUUUAUUCGAACGUACAGCAUUUGCUGCGGUAUCAUUGUCUUGCGUGUUUGGUUUGCUCAUCAGUUUCUUUGGCUUUGCAGCUAGAAAAGCUGUUUCUGCAACAGCAUUUACUGUCACCGGAGUGGUCAAUAAGUUUCUUACCGUAGCCAUUAAUGUGGUUAUUUGGGAUAAGCAUGCCAGCCCAAUCGGUUUGGUUUGUCUGCUUUUUACUAUUGCAGGGGGAAUUCUUUAUCAACAGUCAGUUACUCGAUCUACCAAAGCUCCACCACAGCGUGAUGCACUGGUGUCUAAGCAGCCAGAUGUUGAGAAUAAUCAUGAUGAUGAUGAUUUGGCGGAUGAGAAUCAACGAAUGGGCAUGCAUAAUAAACAUGCAUCUGUAUGAGCAUUUGUACUAUUAUUUGUCAGGAUUUCAUUUUUAAGCGGUCUAUUUGCGGUCUUAUCUUUAGUAACGAUUUUAGAAAAUUUUGUUGCAUUGUGACAAAUAUUUGUUUCGGUAGGGUUAUGUUCUGCUAUUAUUAUAGUUUACUUCUCUCGCUUUGCCUUCUCUCUGAGUUUGUUUGGUAGCCUAGGUUUCAUCAGAUCAAGAUUUUCUAGAUGAAGGAUCAUUUCUUUGCCCGGAUUUUUAA